AUGUCAAGUGUUCUCAACUACGAGGCGCUCCUGGCGACCUUUGAUGAUUUGGUGGCCAGGCAGAUCAUCUUCUAUACCCCGCCAAAGACAGUCCGGCUAGACGAUGAGGCGUUCCCACUUGAAUUCCACAUCAGUACCUCGCUGCUCACCAAGCCUGCCUCGGGCGAGUCCAUCACUGCAAGCGACAGUGCCCACCCACCUGGCUGCUUCGGUCCAGGCAGCGACAUUGGCUUCAGUGAUCCCAGCAUACUGAUCGACACCAUUCGCAAUACGCAUCUCCUUGUCGUCAACAAAUUUGCCGUUUUCCGACCGCAAUUACUGCUGUUGACUAGUGAUUCGUAUCAACGGCAGCAUGAGCCGCUGAGUCUGGCGGACUUUGCUGCGGUCUGCACCGUCCUUGACUCCCUGAAGUCUCCCCACUAUGCCAUUUACAACUGUUCGCCGCUGGCGGGUUCCAGUAGGGAGCAUAAACACCUGCAGAUACUGCCUCGUCCAGGCUACCUGUUUCCGGACGAUCCUAACCCCGCUUCCCGGGUGAUACCAUAUCAGUACUUCAUUCGGUACCUUGAUGCUGUCGACUUCCAAAGUCUGGACGGGUGGGCGACGAUCUUCAAGGCUUACCAAGAGUUAUUGGCACAAGCCAAGCAGGCUUGGAGUGGUCAUUCCAGCAACGAGCAAAACCCGGAGUACUAUCCCCACAACGUCGCUCUGGUUCGAGAAUGGAUCGUCGUCAUUCCCCGGCGCAGCAACAACUUCGAGGGGAUCACUGCCAAUGCCGCGGGGAUGAUGGGGUCGGUCUGGCUCACGAACGAUUCACAACUCGAUCGUUGGAGAGAGGUGGGACCUCCGAGAGUCCUAUCUGAGCUAGGAGUGCCCAAGCCAUGA